AAAAGCAUAACACUGCUGCCAAAGAGAAUUGACAGUUGCCUUGAAAAUAUACAAACAACCCAUUUCCUCUAUCCUACAACAAAACUACAAGUGCAAAGGGGAAGAAAACAGAGAAGUGGUCCAAGUGAUUCUGUCUUUGUGACCUUGUGACUCUGUGUGUGUGUGCGCGCCACACAGACACAGAGAGAGAGAGAGAGAGAGAGAGAGAGAGAGAGAGAGAGAGAGAGAGGAUGAGCAUGGAGAGUAUACUGCCAUUUCUAGGGAUGGUGAUGGCGAUUCUGGCUCAAGCUGCAAAUAUGAUAGUAAACAAAGCAGCCAUGUCCAAAGGGAGCAACAAAUACAUUAUGGUUGUGUAUGCCAACGGCCUCUCCACUCUCAUUCUUCUCCCUCCAGCCCUCUUCUUCCACUACAGAUCAGGGCGCCCUCCCCUUACAUUCUCCAUACUCUGCAGAUUCUUCAUGCUUGCCCUGUUUGGAUGUUCUGCCCAGAUAUUUGGAUAUGUUGGUAUAGAAUACAGCUCUGCCACGCUUGGCACCGCCAUGCUUAACCUCAUCCCAGCAUUUACUUUCACACUUGCCAUCAUUUUCAGGAUGGAAAAGGUGCAGUGGAGAAGCUCAAGCAGUAAAGCCAAAAUUUUGGGAACCACAGCAUCAAUCGCAGGAGCUUUUGUUGUAACAUUCUACAAAGGCCAGCCAAUCAUGCUGCUACCAUCAUCACAUCCACCCAAUCUCUUCUCAUCAAAAUCAAAUUGGGUUCUGGGAGGCCUUUUUCUUGCAGCUGAUUCCUUCUCCAGUUCCUUAUGGUACAUUCUGCAGGCAUCAACCCUAAAGAAGUACCCAGCAGUUGUGGUCAUAGUCUGUUUUCAAAGCUUAUUCACUACCAUUCAGUCUGCAUUAUUUACUUUGAUUGCAGUUAAAGAUGCAAGUGCUUGGGAGUUAAGGUUGGAUAUGGGGCUGAUUGCUGUUUUGUACACUGCAAUUGUUUCAAUCGUUCUCCGUUACACUUUAACCACCUGGUGUGUGUGGAAGGCUGGAGCUCUUUUUUGUUCUAUGUUUAAGCCUCUUGGAAUUAUUUUUGGUGUGAUCAUGGGUGCCAUCUUUUUGGGAGAUCCAUUCUAUUUUGGGAGUUUGGUUGGUGCACUUAUGAUUGUUACUGGGUUUUAUGCGGUGAUGUGGGGAAAGGCCAAAGAAGAGAAGCUGGUGGAAGGUGGUAGUCGUUGGGAAUCAUUAGGUCAAAAUAAUGUCCCUCUACUACAAAACAAUAUACAAGAGAAGCACAACUGCACAAUGAACGAUCUGACGAGUUUGAUAGAAAGUGUGUGUGAUUCUGGUUGUGGGAUUGAAGAGAAAAACAGAGCCAUGGGGAAAGUUGCAGCACUACCUAUAGUAGGGAUGAUGAUGACUGAGUGUGCUGGAGCAGGGGUCAUAAUACUAAGUAAAGCAGCCAUGUCUACUGGCAUGAGCAACCUCAUCUUUGUCUUCUACUCCAACGCUCUUGCUGCCCUCAUCCUCCUCCCUACUUCUUUAGCCUUCCACAGAUCGCGUCCUCCUCUCACUUUCCCCGUCCUCUGUUGGUUCUUCUUGCUUGGUCUAAUUGGAUUCGUUGCGCAGUUUGUUGGGUAUGCUGGGAUUAAUUACAGCUCUCCUACUCUUGGCACGGCUAUGCUCAACCUCCUUCCUGCCUUUACCUGCAUACUGGCAGUCAUCUUUAGAAUGGAAACAGUUGACUGGAGAAGCUCCAGUACCCUAGCUAAAUCCUUGGGAACAAUGCUUUCAAUUUCAGGGGCAUUCAUUGUGACUCUUUACAAGGGCCCUGCACUUUUGUUGACAUCCUCAACUGAUAUAUUGUCUUAUAAACAACUUUUCUCACAACAGUCAAACUGGGUCAUUGGAGGAAUUCUCCUUUUGGUUUAUUGUGUGUUGGCUUCAUCAUCUUAUAUUAUACAGGCAUCAGUCAUAAAGAAAUACCCAGCAGAGCUAAUUAUGGUCUUUUAUUAUUGUUUCUUUGUGGCUAUUCAAGCUGUAGUAGUCUCUUUGAUUGUAGAAACAGACCUAAGUGCUUGGAGCUUGAAACCUAAAAUGAGGUUGAUCGCUGUUGUAUACUCGGCAGUUUUUGGCUCGACAUUUACGAUUGGUGUAACCACAUGGUGCCUUCAUAGGGCAGGGCCUGUUUUUAUAGCUAUGUUUAAGCCUUUGGGGAUUAUUGUUGCAGUUUCCAUUGGUGUUACUUUCGUUGGGGAUACUUUCUACCUUGGAAGUUUGGUAGGAGCAAUUGUAAUUGUCAUUGGUUUUUAUUCGGUGAUGUGGGGCAAAGCCAAUGAAGAGAAGAUGGAUGGUGGUGCUGAGACAAAGAGCUUGGCAACAAGCAACCAGCGGGUCCCUCUAUUACAAAACACUCUUGAAGAAAUAUAGAAGUUUACAGUAAUCACACCAUGAGGUUUCUCUUGCCAAACAAAUGGGGUUGUGAACAUGGGGAGCAUAAUCAUACAUAUCAUAUCAGAAUGAGUUGGACGUCGAGUUUGCAGGGUCAAACUUAAAGGCAACCGUAACAGAAACAUUUAUGUGAAAGCAGCUUCUUGUUUGGAAAUGAAAUCUAGUUGUGGUAGUUGGUUUAAGAUGUAUGAUCUCCUUCUUCAUUAGUUGUAGCAAAUAAGGUGACAAUAAGUUAGUUAGCCUUGGGAGGGAAGGAAUGAUGGCAAUUGGCGAGGGCUAAAGUUCUUGAAGAACAUAUUUUCCACUAUUUAAUUGAAACAUCUGUUGACCUCUUU